AUGGAAUCUCAAUUGCACGCGCAUCAUGGCAAUGAAGAAGAGCCAGGACAUGCGGGGUUACGCUCUGAUGUUGAGGGAGAAGGUGAAGGCGAGCACCAUCAUGGAGAAAAGAAAUCGGUUCUGGAGAAGGUGAAAGAUAAGGCGAAGAAAAUAAAAAACACGAUUAAGAAGCACGGACAUGGACAUGAACAUAAUUCUGAAGAAGAGGAGGAAGAGGAGGAAGACGAAGGAGUCCAUGGUGCCCCGAUGCAUGAAUCAUCAGUCACUAGGAUUACAAAUCCUGGACAAGGGAGCGCUCCAGGGCAAACCGGUGUCAAUUUGGAAAAACAGACUGACACGCGCGAGGAUCGGUUUGAUACAAAUGUAAGGGAUGAGGGAAUAACCAGGCCUUCUGUGCCAGGUGGAAUACGGGACAACACGGGGAGGACAACAGCCAUGGAGAUGGAUGAGGCAAUGAAUAGGCCUUCUGCCAUGGGCGGAAUACAGAACGAGGCAAUAACUAGGCCUUCUGUACCGGGUGGAAUGCGGGACGACAUGGGGAGUGCCUUUGGUAAGGUUGAUGAUUCCCCUGUUAUGGGCAGGGAAGAAGCAGAUGUGGGGCAAACGAGGGUUAAAGUUGGACAGCCAGUAGGGUUGGAGGAGGAUCCUCAUUCUCCAAAGAACAUUCCUGGAGCAAUUCCACCUUCAAAUUAUCAGUCCAAAGUGGCUGAUCAAACAGGCACUGGAUGUAAGGAAGCAGAUGAUGCUACACUUGUUCAUCAAUUGGACAAGAUGAAUGUUUACGACCCGAAAUCAAAACCAGAAUCAGAACAGAGAUUGUAUACAGGGAGCCAUAACGAGUUUGCUCCUCAGCCAACACCAGCUAUAGACCAGUCUACUCCACAAUCGAAUACAAUUAGAGCAGAAACAGGUUCAGAGAAUCCUGAAUCAACUCUGAAAAGUUUAGAUCCUAUCAAAACGGAGGACAAGCCACGAGACAGUGUGACUGGAAAAUUAUCAUAUGCAACCUCUGCAAUUGCUGAUAAGGCCAUCUCUGCCAAGAAUGUGGUGGCUUCGAAGCUCGGUUACGGUGGACAUGAGGAAGGCAGUGAUUCUCAGAAGCUGCUCGCAUCAGAGACCACGAAGCCAGUAUCUGAAACAGCAUCAGAAUAUGCGCGUAGUGUUACAACGACCGUGACAGAGAAAUUGGCACCAGUUUAUCACAAAGUGGCGGAUGCUUCCAGCACGGCGAUAUCAAAAGUUCAGGGCGGUGGUAUUCAGGAUGAAGGCGGAGAUAGAGCAGCCCACUUAAGGAAUGAGGGUGCAGCCACUAAAGGAACUGAUAAGGGCCUUUCUGUAAAGGACUACUUGGCAGAGAAAUUUAGGCCUGGUGAUGAAGAUAAGGCAUUGUCAGAGGCUAUAUCGAGUGCACUCCAUAAGAAGAAGGGUGAAACUGGGAGGACAGGGGAGGGGAAGCCAAUUGGGAAGGUGACUGAAUCGGAGCAAGUAGCAAGGAGUUUAAGUACUGGUACUGAAAAUAAAAGAGAAGGCGAAGAUGCACUGAGUGCUGGGAAUGAAAGCAAAGGAUCAGGCAUGGUUGAUAAAUUCAAAGAUGCUGUAGGGUCUUGGCUUGGCAAAAGUUCUGGAAUGCAAACUGCUAAGGAUUCACUUGGCCAAUCCCAUGUGAGUGAUUUGGGUUCGGCUCCAACUAGAGGCAAUGAGCACGGCCAGGAAGUUUCGGGGGGGUCGGCUCCAACUCAAGGCGAUGAGAACCACAAGGAAGUUUCAGGGCAGCAGCAGCUGCAGGAAUCGAGCAACUGA